CGAGUUAAAAAGUUCUCGAAUCAAUAUAGAGUUUAUGUAACCGGAUGAAUCCUUAUUAGAGAGAGUAAUUUAAAUUUAACCGCGAGUGAAGCCUUCGAGAAAAGUGUUCGAUAUUCGUUUUGUAGAUUUAAAAAUACAGCGUUAUUUUUACUUUGAUUAAAUGGUUAUGCUAAACACCACACUUCUAAAGCAGUACCUUCUACAUAUAAACAGAAACACGUCAUUACAAAAACUGAAAUGCAUACAAUGGAUGAACCAACCAGCUCGCCCACAAGAGGCCUAUUGUCCUACUCCUAUAGAACACGUAGCCAAUAUUCUCACCCACGGAAUAUGGAUAAUACCUAGCAUCACGGCUACGAUAGAACUGAUAAAACGAUCUAAGGAUAACGACCAAAUGCUCUCUGCUCUAGUUUACGGAGCCACUCUCAUAUUUUUAUUUACAGUAUCUACCCUAUUUCAUUGCGUCUUUUAUUGCAAUCGAUGCAGCCAACUGAAAGAUAUCCUACACCGAUGUGAUAGAGCCAUGAUAUAUGUCUUCAUAGCUGGUUCCUAUUUCCCCUGGUUAACGUUGGAGAAACUCCCGAACGACGGAUGGGCUUCCCAGAUGAAAUGGGUCGUGUGGUUCCUAGCCAUUGCCGGCAUCGCUUACCAGCAAAUCUUCCACGAAAAGUACAAAAUGCUCGAGACUAUAUUCUACCUCGUAAUGGGCGUGGGGCCCGUCCUUCCUAUCAUAGCAGAACAUACCUUUUUGGGCAUGAAAGAGCUCUCGAUAGGGGGGCUUCUGUACGUGAUGGGCAUUAUAUUCUUCAAAAGCGACGGGACGCUCCCGUUCGCUCACGCCAUCUGGCACAUAUUCGUCGGGUUCGCUGCGUACUUCCAUUAUUCUGCGAUCCUCAGCUAUUUGUAUCCUUUACAUACAGAUUGAUGGUAACUGCCAAAAAAAUAUACAAAUUUAUCCUCCACCAGUUGUAAUUCAGUGAACGAUUUUUUUAACUCGAAUAUUCAAUGAAAUUGUAACUUUUUUUGUAAGCUGUAAAGGAUAGCGUAUUCCUGUAAUUUGGGAUAAAUUAAGAAUUGUUAUUCGAAAAAAGAUCUUUACAGCUUACGACGAACUUCGUUAGAAUCUUAGAUUGUAGCCAAAAUAGUUCAAUUGUAAACCUUUGAGAUUUUAAAGUUAGAAAUAAGUGAACUGAAAUCUUUUAACUACUAUAAGUAAACAUGGUUAGAGCAUACAUGACAAGUUAUUAUGAAGGUAUUUUUAAUUGUUGUCUCUGGAAGUUGUGCCAAAUUUAAAGAAUAUUAUGUAGGGCUUCAAAAGAUACUUGUUUAAACAAUUAAUACAUUUAUCUAGAUUAGUAUCAUGAUGAGAACAGGGCCGGAAUUAGAUGAAAAGAGGCCACAGGCUAUACCUUAGGUGAGGCUCUUUCAUCUCCUAUUUUUAAGUUUGUAAAUAACAUAAAUAUACCUAUAACAAUUUGAAUAUACUCUUGAUUAUGAGGCCCUAUAAUAUAUAGUUAGCUUAUAGGAAAAUCCGGCCCUGGAUGGGAACUUUCUACAUGUACCUAAUUAUAGGUAUUUGUAAGAUAACUAUUAAUGUUUUUUGAAACAUCACAAAUAGGGUAAAAAUUCGAUUCGAUUCGAAAUAUGCAUUUUAAUGAUCUCAAAUGUAGGGUAUUUUCUCACAAAAUUCGAUCACAGAUGAAGUAAUUUGUAGUUGAAUUACCGAAUUAUUCUAUGUAUGCAUGAAAAAAUUACCUGUGACUCUGGUUUCAGAGAUUUGCUUAGAUGUUUGGUAAAUAUGGGUUUUUAUCGGUAAUGUAAUGCGAUUAGUUUGUAGUAAUUUAUUCGCUCUCUUUUUAUAUUUCUCUUCGGUGAUAUUUCCUUUGGAUUCUUUGGAUACUAGUUUAUAGUUUAUUAUUCGAUGUGAUUUUUUUCGUGAUUUGCUUUGCUUCGUUUGAGCUACAGUCAUUACAACUAAAAGAAUUAAUUAUUUAUCGAUGUUUCGAAUAUUUGUAUUAUUAUUGUAACGAUAUAGUACCUAUUUUUGUCGACAGGAAUAAUUUUAAAAUAUAUUUUAUUAUCU